UGGAAAUGGGCAGGGGGGGGGCCGGGGCGGGGGCCGGGGCGAGGCUGGGUGUUCGGGAGGAAACACGAACACAGCAGACCCCUCCUGGAUGCCGCCAGAAGACUGGACAACCCUGUUGUCCUCGAACGUUUGUGGGCUUCCUGUACGUUGUCGUUAAGCUUUCAAAUGUGGCACUAAACGUUUCUGGGGACUUACUCUGGCAACUUGUGACGAUAGUUAAAAAUGGUACGCCUAUUCAGUAGGCUGAAAGCGAUAGACUUCUUCAAGAAGAUCCCAAGUGACCUGACGGAAGCGACACUCACGGGAGCAUGGCUGUCCAUCGUGGCUGCGGUGCUUAUGAUUUUACUGUUUGUCGCGGAGCUGAGCGCGUUCCUGUCAACGACAACCUCGUCGCAGCUGGUGGUGGAUCGCAGCCCACAAAAUGAGCUGCUGAAGCUGAACUUCAACAUCAGCUUUCCUGCGCUGUCAUGCGAGUUUGCGACAGUAGACGUCAGCGACUCCCUCGGGACCAAGCGCAUGAACCUGACGAAAACAGUUCGCAAAGUCCCUAUCACCCUGGAUAUGGAGCGCCAGCACCAGGGCGCGGCUGUGGAAGACACGGCGCACAAGGUGGGCCCCAAGUACGACGCGGAGGGCCACUUUGAUGAGGAGCCCGACAUUGACAUCACCGUGCCGCUCAGUCACGAGAACUUUGAGGCGACGCUGGCGCGGUACCCCAUCGCCGUGAUCAACUUUUAUGCACCUUGGUGCCACUGGUGCCAGCGCCUUGAGCCCACCUGGGAGGCGGCGACCAAAGAGGUGCACGACAAGUACCCCGAGUGGGACGGCCGCGUCCGCUUCGCCAAGGUGGACUGCACGGCGGAGGUGGACCUGUGCAGGCAGCACUUCAUCCAGGGCUUCCCCUCCAUCCGCGUGUUCCGCAAGGGCCACGACGACAUCUACAUCGGCGGCAUGCACGAGCACGAGGCGUACAUGGGCGACCGCACGAAGGAUGCGCUGGUGGCGUUCGCGGACAGUCUGGUGCCUUCGGCGGGUCAGCCGCACCGCAAGCUCGCCGGCCUGUCAGCGGCACCCAAGACGCCGGGCUGCAACCUGGCUGGCUUUGUGAUGGUGAAGAAGGUACCGGGCACCGUGCACUUCGUGGCGCGCUCGGAGGGCCACUCCUUUGACCACACGUGGAUGAACAUGACGCACAUGAUUCACUCCUUCCACGUCGGUACGCGCCCCUCGCCGCGCAAGUACCAGCAGCUGAAGCGCCUGCACCCGGCUGGCCUGACCGCCGACUGGGCCGACAAGCUGCACGACCAGCUGUUCGUGAGCGAGCACACGCAGUCCACCCACGAGCACUAUUUGCAGGUGGUGCUGACCACGAUCGAGCCGCGCCACUCGCGCCACACCGGCAACUACGACGCGUAUGAGUACACGGCGCACUCGCACUCGUACCAGUCGGACUCCAUCCCCUCGGCCCGCUUCACCUACGACCUCAGCCCCAUCCAAAUCCUGGUGCACGAGACCAGCAAACCCUGGUACCAGUUCCUGACCACCAGCUGCGCCAUCAUUGGCGGUGUGUUCACAGUGGCGGGCAUCCUGGAUGCGCUGCUGUACCAGAGCUUCAAGGUCGUCAAAAAGCUGAACCUGGGCAAGCAGGGAUGAUGGCCAGUUGUGCGACCGUAAUGAGAGCGGUUACGGCGGCAGAGAGCGGGAGCGGUGGACACGGCUGAGCAUAAACUAGAUGUCGAGUGCACGCGCAUCGGUCACUGCCGGGAGCGUGGUGGUCGUAUGUGGUUAUGAUACACCUACGGGCAUUUCAUGUCUAAUCCAGGCAGCACAUAGUUGUGCGGUGAAGCGACCUGUGCAUUCUGUCCGGGCAAAUGCAGGCGCGGGUGUUUCUAUGGUUCGUGUGAGGAGGGAUGGGAAGAAGGGAUGGAUGCCCAAUGUGGGGUGACCCCAAGGCGAAACGACGUCUUUCAGGAAUUACAGGUGAAGGCUUGCGUAGUUGUAAACAUUCUCGGAU